CUUUUCGAUUUAAUUUCUUGAAGAAAUGAUUCAAAAAUUAAUUUUAAGAAGCAGCUAAAAGGCGAAUAUUAAAAUAGAUCUUAUUAGAAUAAAAACAAAAACGUCGAAUACAAUGACCUUUGAGCUAAACUGGUCAUUAUCGUAAGCAUAAACAACCAUACAAAAGCCAAGAACGACUUGUUUUUCAAUCAGAACCGUUUAAAACUCCUUUGUGUCACAACAAUAACAAACGUUUAUCUACAACCGCAAAAUGAUUCAAAAAUUUUUUUCGGUAGUGUUUGUGUUAAUUCUUUGUUUAUUUGGAACAAAUGCGAAACUUUUCGAUCCACCAGAUCAUGAUAAAAUUGCUGCGAUGGCUCGAUACAUCAUGAAAAAUUCAGAUUGGGUAUCUUUAGCAACGAUUUCAACCCAAAAAAACAUCGUAGGAUUUCCUUUCGUAACGUUAAAAUCAAUUAGUGAUGGAACAAGAUCUAACAGUACAGGUGUCCCUUAUUUGUAUAUGACAGAUAUGGAUUUAAGCGGACAAGAUAUUUUGAAAGAUAAUCGCGUGACGAUUAUGUGCUCUUUAGCAGAAGGAAAUUAUUGCGAACGAAACGAUUACGACCCACAAGAUCCAAGAUGUGCUAAAUUAAUGAUAACUGGUCGUAUGAUAAAACCUAAAUCUGGUUCUGAUGAUUAUAAUUUUGGUCUUGAAUCUUUAACUUAUAAGCAUCCUGCAAUUAAGUAUUGGCCAACAGAUCAUGGUUUUUAUGUGGCUAAAAUCGAUAUCGAUCAAAUAGGGGUUUUAGAUUUCUUCGGGGGAAUUAAAUACAUCACGCCAGAAGAAUAUUUCAAGGUUGAUUUAGUUCACGAUCGGUUUUUCCACUAUUUCUUUGAGAAAAUCGGAGUUUUUAAUUAUAAUUCGUAGAUUAGUUUUGAAAUAAAGUUAUGUUUUUAAUUUAAAAA